UGUGAUAGUGUCAGAUACUGUAGGAUGUUCCAGACUCACUGUGUGAUGGCAUGGAUUGUGUUGACAGUCCUCAGUCUCUGCCGGCCUGUGUGGAGUGCUGUGAAGGUGAUCCAGCCCUAUAGAGUAGUGAGCAUCAAUGGUACGGCACAAGUCCAGUGCUUCGUCAAACCCCAACCCUCCUACCACCAGAUCCAACCUUCCGAUGACCAAACCCUGCAUUACCCUUAUCCUGACCCAGAGGAUCUCCGUGUGACUCUACUGAAAGGCCUCUAUGGCACCGAGGAGUUCUGCUCGUCCAUCCUCAACUUCACAGGGCAGAGAAAGCAAGUUGUGGAGAAAGAGGGAGAGGUGCAGUGCUCCGCUCAGUUGAAGGAGGGUGCCGUGGAGGUGACAGUGUCCGGACUGAGAGCCACAGACACAGAUAUGUAUCGCUGUGAGAUAGAGAUCUUCUACCCGCCACCGUACCGGCGGCUCACUGGCAACGGCACACUCAUUCAUGUCUUAGGCAGCUCCGACUGUCCGGUGCAGGGGGCUCAGAGACAGACUGCACUCCAGGGUGAUGAUGGGGAGGAUGAUGAGGGUGAUGACAGGAUGGCACCUGUCAGUGUUCCUGUGGUUAUACUGGUGAUGCUGGUCAUAUUUGUCCUCAUCAUCAUCAUCUACUUCCAGGUUCUACAGUGUGAACGAGGGAGGAGGGAGCCUGGUGUGCUUCGCAAUAUAGAUGAUGCUGCAUUUUCAUGUUAAUACUUUGCAUGAAAAAAAAGAAAUAACGUCAGGCCCAUCAUGUCCAAAGCUGCAUUAUUUCAGUAGAGUACCAUUGAUUUUGAAUGGAGGGUUUAGAGGAAUACAAGGUCAGUAUUGACCGUUUAUCAAAUAUCACCUCUGUUUUGAUUGAGGUUCGUUUUUUGUUUUUUUUGCGCAGCUAUAGAAAAUUACAUAUCGUCACCUUCCUAAAAUAAUGGCCUAAGUCAUUUUUUGACAAAAAUGAUUUUGUUGCCUAAAUCAUCUCCUCAUGAUGCUCGCCUACAUCCUCAGUUGAACAGAUCAUGUAAUUCUACCCCUGUAGUAUAAUGGCCUAUCAAGAGUGUGACUGAAAAAAUGACUUGGGCUAUUAUUUUAGGAAGGUAACGAUAUUUAGUGUCUGUUGAUAUUAUUAUUAUUAUAUUAUUAUUUAUUAAGUAUAAAAUAUUGUUUACAUUGUUGUAAACACAAAUUAUAUGAAAAAGCUGUAGCUUGAAUGAGUUUUCAUUUACCUUAGUUGUUGUGGCACUUAUCUGAACUCUCACUAUUACUUCAGCUAGAAGGCUUGUUUGGCUAACACUGUGUAAAAAUAGUUGAUUAAAAACUGAAGAGCUUCAAGUUAAACUUUGCUUAACACUCCAGCUGAAAAUGCAAUGCUUUGAAUGAUUAGGGUGCAGAAUGGCUGUAGAAGUUUGCAUGUGAAUUUAUUUUUACCUUAU